CUGACAAAGUUCCACAUAAAUCAACGCAAGCUCGCCACAACAGCCAUCGCCGCUAACCAGAAUUUAGACGACUGUCAAUCUCGACACGGUCAACGUUGCAUAUAUGGAUGCUCGUUUCACUCGCUAGAGGGCAGCAAAAUCGUCGGUGUUGUGUUACUAUUGGCAGACCUGUCUGUACAUUAGCAUUGAAGGGGGGUUUCUCAGUGGUUAUUGAAUUAUUCGCUCAAGCUGGUUCGAAGCAUGACACACGUGAAACUGCGAUCAGGAAUAUUGUAAAUAGACAGGAUCUAUGAGAGACUACUGUAGAACGAAGAAAUCAUGAACUGGGCUCAGUUAAGGAGGGAGAUUUUACUACUGGUGUUAAGUGCUGCGUCUUCGUGGUCGAUCGCCGAAGAAUGCCGGUUCCCAAGUUCUUGGCAAGGGAGAUGGUUCCAAGGAGACCUGGGGGACAUACAGAUCUCUUCGGAUUCCUUCUUGCCAAAGGGGAGAUGUAUACAGAAUAUAGAGAAGACGUUUCUUCUUGAGAGCAAAGACGAUGUGAGAAUAUGUUACUCCUGCGUUGUCAUAACGGAGAGGCAUUUUAAUGUGCUGCAGUAUAAACAAAGUGUCCACUGCAACCAGGCAUACAACAGUAUCCAAACCGCGUGUGUCAUCCGAGGGGACGCUCCGCUUUUUACCUUAGUGAGGGAGCCUGCUACUCCUAUUCCCAGCCCGUUCCAAGGUGCUUAUACUUUUACAUAUGACAACAUGACGGGCCUGUGUGACACGCCGCGCUCCCAGGUCGCCGGCUGUGCCAGCAACUCGCACCUCAAGUUCAGAUUCAAAGAAUGUCCGGGUUUCUAUGACACUAGUAAUUUAGAUCUGGACUUAGAAGUCCUUGCCACGUGGAGGGAUGGAGAUAACUACAUGUAUGGGAAGUUCACUAACAAGAAUAUUGUUACAUCCAAGCGGCUCAUCUACCGGUGCUUUAAAUAUGAAGUCAGAGGCUCAACCGUAUCUCUUGCCAGCUCCGCCGAUGCUCUUUGCCAAGGAAUUUUCAGUGUAACAGACGCUCCGCUAACUAUGACUUUGUCGAAAGAUGGCCGCUGGCCCAUGCCGGGAUGCACCUUCCCGUCUUGGGUGACACAAACAACGUGGAGAGACAUGGCCUACGCCUAUCAAUACGAAACAGAUGAUGAUGGAUAUAGCAUACGUAUUAGGCAUUCAAAAAUUCCAGGGUACCCAUUCAGGAUCAUGAAAGCUCUAAGGUGUCAAACUGGAAACUCUAGUGCUAACGUUUUUGAAGCUGUGAGUUAUACGUCGCAUGGAUGCCACUCAAAUUACCAGUGCGUAAGAUUCAUAAAGAGGCAAAAUAGUGUCAUAGAAGUACACACGGGAGAAAUGGCAUCAAUGUUUGAAGACGCUUGCAGCGGGAGAUACACACAGAACCUUGAGAAAAAAGUUUUGAUACCGUCUAGCAUUACCAGCACGCUUUGCCCAAUGGUGAACAAUUUCAGUAUACGCACAGUCAUAUCACCAAAGUGCCAGGAUACGAUUCAAACCGGUGGUUGUUAUGACAACUCCAAAGUUAAAGUACAGCUCUGUGAAAACGUUGCUGUCCAAACCUUGGAGUGCCUUAUUAGCUGGAAAGAGCAAUCAAAAACAUUCCUAGUUGCGAAGAUUCCCGAUGACGACAACAUGAUUGCAAAUUGCUUUACAAUCAAAGAUAACGGUGAUAACGUACAGUUAACCAUAGACGCUGGAUGCAAUGGAGACGCCGCGUUUAUCAUAAGUCAACCUAUACAGUACACAUUUAAAGAACAACCAGGGCCUUGUGAAACAACAAAACGCGACCCUUCAGAUAGUUCAGAAGACGGUUUGAAUUCCGACAGAACAUCGGAUUCAAACAGUGACAGCACAGACAACAGUUACAAUAGUGCUUCUUAUUCAAGGACGUGCAAUAAUUUAAUCACAUUGUUAAUUUGCAAUUGCUUGUAUAUUUUAUCAUUACAGCCACGGUUGUGCAGUUGAUUUUUUUCUUGCCUAAUGAUACUAUGAUGACCAAGGUGAAGCAUUUUUAACCUUGAAUCUCGCUCUCUCCUUCAUGGUAGUGAUAUAUAAUGAUCGUCUGUGAUGCUGUGGAAUGACUAUGUACAGAGCUCUAAUUUCCACAUUGUGUGUCAAGUUUGAAAGAAAAGGAUACUCCCAUCGACGAUAUUCGUGUCUCAUUCGAAACCAGGGAAACUCCCGAGUGGUAAUCACUUUAUUGAAAGGAAAAUCUGGUUUAACUCUGCUCGUGUUUGACUGCAUUUCUUGCCUUGCUGAUAGACUUUCGUGUCUUCUGCAACUCCCGGAGAAAAUUGGAAUAAGACUUUUACUUUUUUAAUCAUUAUUAGAGACCUGUUAUAUUUCUUCGUAGCAUGUUUGUAAUAUUAUGUUCUUAUUCGAUAGCGCAUCAAAUGUACAUAGAACACUUCAGCCCCUUGUAAACUGCAAUUACCUAAAUUGAGCACUGUUGUCCCUGAAAUAUGUCUAAAAAUGUUGAAUAGUAGAGGGUUUUUAUUUCAGGUAUUCAGUCUUGCAGGACGAGACUAAUUGUGCGAAUUUUUUAUGUUAAGGAAAAAUCUUACAUUGUACUAGCAUACGCUGUUUGAGGCCCUGUUAUUGGAGGCCUGUAAUAAAGAGGCAAACCACGCGCCUCUGGGGAGUGUCUGGGUAACACCCCUGGGUCCUGACUUAAUUAAAAAAUUAAUCUGGCGAAAUUCUUAACUUGGUUAGUGCCUCGUUUGCUUAUACCUCGCAACAGCUAAACAUACUGUACAUUAUGUCGUAGCCUUACGUUAAUAUUGCAGUUAGUGCAAAACUAAUACAUAAUUCAACACAAGUCCGAACAGUUCAAGGUGCUAAUCAAAAGGCAAAUGAAAAGUUUUUUUUAAUCUCAACACCCAAUUUUAAAUCAAUUUUGACACACUAUACUCAUAAUAAUCAUAUUUUUGUUUAUGAUGUUUUAUUGUAUAUAUCUAAGGGUAAAUAUAGUAAAUACGUUAGAUUUCUUCGUUAAACGAAGAUUUUAAAGUAAAAGAAGAAAUUGGCAAAUAAGACGUUACAAUACUCAUUCAGACUUUUUACAUUUUUAUUGUUAUUUCAUGGUAAAUCUUACAAAGUGUUACUCUUGUUGUGAUGGACAUUUGUGGAUGAGAAUGCAAGUUGUUGUUAAAGUUGUAUACUCACAUUUGUAAAUAUUGUACAUUUCUUUCAAAUACUGUACCUAUUUCACAAGAUGGUUUAUUUUCAUGUGAUUUGAAAAGCGGUAUUCUGUUUGGAUGUUGGGAAUUCUUGAUUUAUAUUGGAUAAACAUAACCGACAACAAAGCAUGACUGAGUCCAACGGUGUCAAUUUAUGGUAAUACAAAGUAUGUAUUUUUUGUGUUAAUUUUAUUUUAGGUUACACUUUCUGUAUGACUUUGAGGUUGAACAAUACGGGUUUAUAGCGUAUUGUAGUUUUCUUAAUGGAUAUUAAAUUCACAUAUAUUUUUG